AUUCUGCGAAAAGGACAAAGUCCGUCACCUUCGAACAUUUCCGAAAUGUCCGAGUUUGUAGCCGCACAAGACGUUUUCGACGAAACAACGUUGUCGAAGCUGAAAGAUGAAAUAGAUCGAACAGAGGUGUUUAUUGACUCUGAGGUAUGCACUCGUUUAUAUGAUCAUUCGAUAAAUUUGGAUCUUCAAAGGUCAAUCUGA